GACGGAGAAUCUCAGCACAAUCCAGUCGCAUGCCUUCGUCAUUUGUGCCCCACCUUCUCGCCCCCACACCGUUCUGAGACAACCAACAUCGCUGUUGAGCCAGUACGAGGAAUAGUCUCGAUUCUUGGACUGACUUGGUUUUGCCUUCCUCUCUUCCAUGUCUUCUCAAUAUUCCCCAGCUUUACUCGAGCCGCAGUGGAUAACCAGUGGACCACCAUUGAACCGUCCAAAACCUACUGUGGUACAAUCCUUGGCGGUGGGUUCCGCGCCAGCCUUAUUCCCUGAAGGAGCAGAAUGGCGGAGGAAUUGGAUAAUGUAAAGUCAAAUCGGAAACGCACCUUCAAGCCAAAAGUACGCACGGGUUGUAUUACCUGCAAGACUCGACGGGUGAAAUGCGACGAAGGAAAACCUGCCUGUUCGAGGUGUCUACGUACUGGGCGAACAUGCGAUGGUUAUGAAUCGUCCAAGCCCCUGGUCGCGAUACCGAGGGCGCUAGCCCCGGCUCCCGCAGUUGAAUCACCCUUAGAAGCCCGGGCACUUGAGCUAUUCUUUCAUAAAUCCGCAAAACAAUUAGCGGGUUCUUUCGAAGGCGCCUUUUUCCAGGGUAGUGUCGCCCAGUCGAGCCUCGUGGAGCCUACCAUCCGGAACGCCAUUGCUGCGAUUGCAGUCCUGCACGAGGAGAUGUUAUCGCAUCCAGCUGAACGAGAACGGAGUAUCCAAGGCCAAGAGCUGCCUACGCAGUUCUAUAACAGGGCUAUCCGUGCUCUGCUUCAGAAGCUCAAAACGGAGCAGACCUCCAUUUCUUUGACAUUCAUGGCGAAUAUAUUGUUCACGUGCUUUGAGUAUUUUCGAGGAAACUUGACGGCAGCCAGGUCUCAUGUCAAAAGUGGAAUCAAUCUUUUGGAGUCAUGGCGCGGAAAUACGAGGCCUCUCUCUUAUAAACCGUGGGGUCAGAGUUAUGAUUCCCAUGAAUCAUAUUUCAUGGAAACCGAAAUUGCACCACUUCUCAGUGUCUUUCGUACCAACAUCCUAGAGGAGGAAGAUGCAAAGGAGAAAGGGUUCUUCUUGAACCCGGUCGACCGAAAUGGCAUUGUUGUCCUCGGUGACCGAUUCGACAAUAUACAACAGGCCAGGGUUGGCUUGUUAGACGUGAUUACGUCCACGUUUACCAGCCGGCAAUUCGAACCGCCCGAUCAUCAUUCGCCCACUAAAGAUCAGGCCGCCGAAAUGGUCGACCACAAUACGCAAAAUGUAGAUGAGAUUAUCUCUCAAUGGCAAUCUAACUUCGACGACCUGGUUUUCCGAAAAGGUUCCUCAUGGGGAUACAGAGAGAGACAAGCCGCUAGUGUUGUUCGCAUUAUCGAAAUGGCCGAAACACUUGGGAGGCGCAACUACCUGGCCGGUAAUGAGUGCUCCUGGGAUAGUGCACGAGCCGAAUACGGAGAAAUGCUAUCAAUAGCCGACAGUCUCAUCUCUGACCUAAGUCGCUUCCCUCAUGAUGGGUUCCGGCUUUUAAGUUUGGAUUUCGGAAAGCUAUUUUGUUUCCACUUGCUGGCCUGGAAAUGCCGAUGGCCAUCUCUUCGCCGCUGGGCUUUGUCCUUGUUACGGAAGGUCCCUAAGCGUGAGUGGCUUCUCGAUGCGAAACAUUACCACGCUAUCUUCUCUCGCAUUAUGGAGAUUGAAGAGGCAAACAUCAAUGCCGUGCCGGAGGAAAUCAUUCAACGGGAUAUGCUUCCCCCCGAACAUUCUCGGAUCUAUGAUUUCACGGUCCUGGUCCAAACAUACUCCUCCUCCUCCUCCACAUCAUCAUCACCUUCAUCACCGUCUUCGUCGACCGGGGUCGCCUAUUACGCAGUAACAUUCUGGAGCAAGCCUAUGGGUCAUGAUGGGCCGGUUUCUAGCGUCACCGAACACAUACAGUCAGAAUCAUCUUACCCGGGAGAAACAGCCGUCCCGUUAAAUUUGAUUGCACAGCAUUACUCGCAUCUGCAAGGACCGAGGAAACAAAUGGAAAUCGGACCGAGAACCGUACGAGGACUAGAGUUCGAUGAAUAAUUACCUUCGUUCUAGGUGCGCUUUGUCAGAGUACCCGGAGUCCGCAUAAACAGACCGUGGCUGUAUAGAUAGUCUCUUAGAAUAUUGAUGUGCGCCAUAUUAGUACUGAGCUGGGUAUAUUCCUUCUAGCAUACUCUCAAUUCCUCCUUAAC